CAUGACGUCAACAUUUUGCGACACAAGUACACGUCCGAGAUUGCAGCAUUAGGAAUCAGGAAUUAAAGAUUGAACUGCUGUGAUCAUUUUUCCUGAACUGUUGGACGUUCUCCACCUGACCAGCCCUUCACCCCCUCCUGACCAGACUAGAAGUUCACUGGCCCCCAGGAGGAUGAGGCUGCUGCUGCUGCUGCUUCUCUCCGUCUCUGCCAGUGUGUGGUCGGUGCCCAUCGAGCGCAAUGGAGGAAACCAAGAAGUCAAAGAGGAAGAGCAGGAGGAGAAUGGGGACACCGGGCUUUACUACGACAGGUAUCUGAGAGAGGUGAUCGAGGUUCUGGAGACAGACCCUCACUUCAGAGAGAAGCUGCAGACGGCUAACACAGAAGAUAUUAAGAACGGUCGUCUCAGUAAAGAACUGGACCUGGUCAGUCAUCACGUCAGGACUCGCUUGGAUGAGCUGAAGCGUCAGGAGGUGUCUCGUCUCAGGAUGCUGCUGAAGGCCAAAAUGGACAGCACCAACACACAGAGAGAGCAGAUGGACCACGCCUCCCUGCUCAGGCAGUUUGAACAUCUGGAUCCACACAAUCAAAACACGUUUGAGGCCAAAGACCUGGAGCUGCUCAUCUCCACGGCCACAAAGGACCUGGAGAACUACGACGCUGAGCGACACGAGGAGUUCAAGCGCUACGAGAUGCUGAAGGAGCACGAGAGGCGGGAGUAUCUGAAGGGCCUGGACCAGGAGAAGAGGGAGAAGGAGGAGAAGAGGAUGCAGGAGCUGAAGGAGAAACACAGCCAGCAUCCCAAAGUCAACGCUCCGGGUAGCGUCGCUCAGCUGCGGGAAGUUUGGGAGGAGACGGACGGACUGGAUCCGCAGGAGUUCAACCCUAAAACCUUCUUUAAACUGCACGACACAAACGAAGACGGGCUUUUAGACGAGCAGGAGUUGGAGGCUCUCUUCACGAAGGAGCUGGAGAAAGUCUACGACCCAAAGAACGAGGAGGACGACAUGAUGGAGAUGGAGGAAGAGAGACUGAGGAUGAGGGAGCACAUCAUGAACAACGUGGAUACAAACAAGGACCGACUGGUCAGCCUGGACGAGUUCCUCAAAUCCACAGAGAAGCGGGAGUUUCAUAAUCCUAGAGAGUGGGAGACUCUGGACGCCAAGCCGGCGUACACGGAGGAGGAGCUGCAGCGCUUUGAGGUGGAGCUCAGGGACAAAGAGGAGGAGCUAAAGAGGAGGGUGGAGACUCUGCACCAGGAGCAGGAGCUGCUAAACGAGAGGGGCAAAGCGCUGGAGGCCCAGAAGAGGGAGUACCAGCAGGCGGUGUUAGAGAUGUCUCAGAGACAGAAGGAGCAGCAGGUGGCAGAUGCGCUGCCCCCUGCUGGUCCUAACGGAGAACUGCAGUUUCAACCAAAGGCACCGCAACCUGAAGAGAAAGAAACAAAAGCUGAUCAGGAGGCUGAAGUCCCAAAUAAUCUUCCUGCCGAGCCUCCACAGAACCUGCCUGUACAGCCUUAACACACACACGCACACACGCGCACACACACACACACACACACACACACACACACACACACACACUCUCUGAUUUGCACUGAUACACACACACACUGGUGUGAAUUCAGACAGACUCUAUUGUUGUCGUCGUAUCGUUUGUUCGUGUCUGUGGUCGACGUUGGUAUUUUCAUCGUAUUCUCAGAAAUCCGUCAGUGUUGAAACAUUCAAAUACACCUCUGAAAGAAAAAUAAAGUCUUUAUUUAAAACA